GCUUGAAAUGUCAUUCCUUUUGAUGUGUAUCUUGAUUAUCAGGAGCUGACUAAUAACAAAAGUUGUUGCAGCGGAAGUUUUCCACAAUAAUUACGUUGUUUAGUAGUGCAUAUUAGUUAUUAUCUGUUUGGGAACAUCCGGGCGGAGGGUAUAUUGUGGUGCCUUCGGAACCAUACAUGGAGUUCGUCGUGAAAUCAUCAGCAUCCAAUGACGCAGCAUCACACGAAUGCAGGGAGAUUCUACUGGAGCUAAUCACGGCCAGCAACGAGCUGACCAGCCAUAUUCGCUUCCAAGGAGCAUCUUCGCAAGAUGUCGACGAUUCCGGCGGUGGUUCCGUGCUCGGAUCGUAUGAUCCGGACCGACUGGAGCCUCUGUAUCGUAGCAUCAAGCGAAUAUUCACCCACAGAAUCAAGGCCUUCACGGAAAAGAACGAACCAGAUGUUUGGGAGGUGAUCAAAGGCCUUAAAUUCUCGAAUCCCACAAUAUCGCUGCAUGUGACACGACCUAGACCAGCCACGACAGUCGUAAGCGAAGACAAAGGUCUGCAGUGGAUAUUUCAGUGCGCUCAGCAGCGCUGCCUUUCGAAGAAUCUAAACUGGCUGGUUAACGAUAAGGAACAUAUGCGCCAUUGCUACAAGUCGACAGCUUUCCUCAGAGACGAGCGUUAUGCAGACGCGAUGAUGAUAAGCUUCAAUGCACUGGAAAGGGGACAACCGGCCCUGCUGUCCCGGAUCGAUCCCGGCUUGUAUGACGCACGGGACGAUAGCACUCUCAUCGGAGGAAUCAAGCGGUCCGAAUCUCAUCCGAACUUUUUGCUGAAAGCGGUUGCCGCCAGUGCGAAGCAGGACAAAAGUGGCCUUAAAAGACGGCAGACGAUCCACCAUUCGAACUCUCGGAGCAAUUUGCGCCGGAAGAAGAUCGGCAAGGUGUCCCGAAGUCUGCCGAACAUUGCCCUGAAGGAUCACUAUCAUUCCGCGAGGAAGCGGCCACCCGACUGCAUCGAUGGCAACAAGGAGAAUGAAAUCACCGGAGUCGUUGUGCCAAAGUUCUGCUACAGUGGUAAUGAGAGUUUGCCAAAACCAUCGCUGAACGUGCUGAAUUGUGAUAAUAUAAAAAUUUAUACCGAUUCAUCCAGCAGCAGCCAACAACAGGAAGGAACCAGCCCAUCGAAUGCUCCAACCAAAAAGAUGGAAAGCAGCAACUCAAAGCCGGACCUGUUCAGCUUGGCCAAGCUAACCGGCAGCCCAAUGAUUCUUAUAAACGAAUUUAUUCCACAAUACGGCGAAAAGAUUAGCAAAUCCAACGACAACAAGAGUGUUGGAAGCCUGUUGGAAAUUCCGUCCCGUCCCCAACCUGGUCAAAGUUUGACCUCGUACCUGAAAACGGUAUCCAUUUCUCGAACCAACACCGAACUGGAUCGGGAGAAUGCGCACUUCAGCUUGUCGGAAGCACUUAUUGCGACAUUUGAGCAAUUAAAGUGGAACGAAAAGGAAGCGGCCAUGAGGCGAAGCGGAUUGCGGAAGCUUCCGUCCAACUCCAAUUUCUGGACGUCGGGUUCGGGGUCUCCGCAGUUUUUCGAGGGUGGUCACAAAAGCAGCGAAGAUUCAGCGAACAAUAUCAGCCCCUCAACCGGUUCCAGAGGGAGUGAUUCAACAGCAGUCUCGUCCUUAUCCAGCGGAGGUAGCAGUGUGGAGUCCGGGGAAUUACACUCUAAAUACCUGCGACAAAUCUCGUCCAAUUAUGCCAAUCGAUCUUCCUCUGGAGAUGAAGACCUCGAAGCAGUGGAAGCCAGCGAAUGUGGUGACACAAAAUCGUAUUCUGCCGAAGCAGUGGCUCUCAGUUUGCUCUCGAAAUUCAACGAAAAACAGCUGCCAACGGCUUGCGAAAUGCUCUGGUUGGUGUCCGAGCAGGAUGCACCCCAACAGCUGCUUCCGAUUCCGCCGGAUGGAUAUAUUGCCAAUCCGGACGACCAGAACGGGGUGAACACGAUCAUCCGUGGGACGCGAGAGUGGGCUCCGCCACGGCCUCAAAUAAUCUUCACCUACUGCAACCAAUGGUCAGACCGCCGAGCACAAAUGCAAAAGCAGAACAACCGAUGCGCCGGCUGUGGAAUGAAGGUCGCACAAGCAUAUUCCAGCCGGUUCCGAUAUUGCCAUUAUCUGGGCAAGUACAAUUGCUCCGGGUGCCAUAAAAAUCACAUGGCUGCCAUUCCAGCCAAAGUUAUUGAACGAUGGGAUUUUACGUUCUAUCCAGUUUGCAGUUUCGCCUAUCGGUUGCUAAACGAAAUAAUUGCAUGCCCUCUCUAUCGAAUAAACCACCUGAAUCCGAAGCUGUACGAGAAGGUGCGAGUUCUGCAAGUAGCUCGAAAUAUAAGGAAGAAUCUAAAAUACAUUAAGGAUUUCAUCGUGAACUGUCGCUUUGCCACAGAGAUGAAGGGCCAAUUCCAUAACGUUCCGGAACACAUAACAUCUGAGCUGGAUAGUUGGUCUAUGGCGGACUUUAUUUCCGUUAGGAAUGGAUCAUUCCAAAAGGAAAAGACCGAUUUAAUCAGGCGCUGUGAGAAGCACAUAUUCGAGUGUGAGCUCUGCAUAGCGCAUGGGUUCUUUUGCGAAAACUGUGAUCGCAAGGAGAUUAUUUUUCCUUGGCAAAAACGUGUAGUGAAAUGUAGCAAAUGUGGCGCGUGCUAUCACGACACCUGUUGGCUGUCCGACUGCGUGAAGUGUGAUCGACUGCAGCGCCGGCAGGUGACCCGAAAGUGAUUUACCUAACAAUCAACUCAACUUACACACACAAGGUGUUCAAAAGCUAGGUAACAUGGUUUUUAUAUAGCCUUAUUAAACAUGACGUUUUAUGAGCUAU